AUGCAAGCCCAUUUUUAAAAGAUGGAAGCUCUAGCUGACAUCUUUGAUUAAGUAAAAGAUGUAGAUAUACAAAUCUUUGGGGCUAUAUUAGAAAUAUUUCGAAAGGAGUAAGUUUAAGACAGCAUUGGAUAUCUAUCAGAAAUGGGGAAUCAGAGACAAUUAGUAUCACAAAUUUUAAAACAAGCAGGGAAUUUCACACAAAAUGAUACAGAAUAGAUAUUGUCUGUUGUUAGAAAUGAUAUCAAAUAAUUCACAGAAGUCUUAAGAAAAUUAAAAGACCAUGACUUCAAUAAGAUAGACUAUUCCUCUAAAGAAAAAGAAGAAUCUAAAUUUAUUCUAAUUAAUAGCGUCAUAAUAAAUAGAUCAUAGAAUCUCUGUAAUUUUUAGUUCAUCUCACAUCCAUAGAUGGCACUUUAAUAUAAUGUGGGUCUAAUUCAUUAAAUUUAUUAAUUUAAAUGAAGGUGGACCUGAGUAACAAAAAUUUUGAAAACAUAAACAUCUAAAAUGCUUCUUUGGUGGGAGCUAAUUUUGUAAAAUGUAAAUUUAGUGGAUCCAUAUUUAAUAAUGUUAACAUAAGUGGAAUAAAUCUGAAUGGGGCAUUAUUAUUUAAUUGUAAAUGGAAAGACUUACGAAUCUCUGAAUUAAAUAAAUUACAUGGUCAUAGUAGUUGGGUUAGAUCAGUCUGUUUCUCUCCUGAUGGAAAUACAUUGGCUUCUGGUAGUGCUGAUUAAUCUAUUCGUUUUUUGGAUGUCAAAAAAGGAUAAUAAAAAGCAAAAUUAGAUGGUCAUAGUGAUAAUGUCUAGUCAGUCUGUUUCUCUCCUAAUGGAAAUAUAUUAGCUUCUGGAUAUGAUAAUGGCUCUGUCUUAUUAUGGGAUACUAAAACAAGAAAAAAAAGAGGAGACUUUUCUAAUUUUAUUCUUUUUUCAAUGUUCUCUUAAAAAAUGUCAUUUUACUUAUUAUAAACUCAUAUCAAAUCUUGUUCACCUGAUGGUAACCAUAUCAAUCGAUCAUCCAAAAGUUUUAGAUGA